AUGUCCUUCUCGAACAGCAGUGGUGGCACACUCGCCCUACCUUCGCCAACACACGCUCACCACAUCGACGUUACCUCGGCAGUUCGUACGUUGCGUCGAUCUAUUUCGCGAUCACCAUCCAAAUUCUUGACGCGCUCAAGCCCGCAAUCGCUGAGCCCCGAGAGCCCCCACCAAACCUCACCUCAGUCGCCCUGUCAAUCGCCUUGCCGUCGAUUCGGCGCGACGCCUCAAAAUCAACAUCCUUUGCCGUCUCAUACGCGCUCAGCACCUCCUCACAACGGUGUUCUCCACCCCGCAUUCACGCCUUUCCGCCCCAGCGUCCGACUUUCCUUAAGAUCCGCCAAAGCUUCAAAGACUUCGCCUUCUAGAGGGUUGACAAGAACCCGUACUUCUCCAAGAAGCCCUUUGAAGAGGGCACUCAACAACGCGCCCGACAGUGGUAACUCUCUACCCGCGAUGCCUGCGCCUUCUGUUAUCGACGCUUCAGGACAGGAAAACAACGCGCUGGGAGCCACAAGUCCUCUGACCGUGAGCCCCGAGAAGCGAAGUAGUGUUCACCUCGACGCCCCUGGAUCUUCGCCAACCUCAUUUAUCAAGUCCCUUGACGGACACAACGACUUUGCGAUGGGUCCAAACAACGGAUCGUUGAAGCGCAGUGAUGCGACGAUGAAUUUGGACCAACCGAGCCAGGGAAGCCCAGUGGCUAAGAGACGCAGCUUGCAUGGUAUUUCGGCGCUGGGCCAGAAUGAGGACCAAAACAUUUUUGGUGCCAACACGACAUCGUCACAGAGCUUCUUUAUUCACGAGGAUUCAUCCACUGAGUAUGAGAUUGCGGGGACUUCUGGAUCACCAUUCCGGGACCCACUCCCCUCACCAACUCCUACAAAUAGCAAUGUACCUAAGAGGUCAUCGUCUUUGCGAAAGUCGACUUUGCAACAAAGAUAUGGGGAGCGGGGUUCUUGGGGCAGACGGUCUGGCGAGCGACAGCUUGCCCAGAUGAGCGCUGAUUAUUCUCCUGUCCGAAGCCGACCACGUCUUUCUCAGGACCAGUUUGUCCCUCCUUCUGUUCCUCAAGAGAGUCCCUUUGCUUCAACGACACCCGCCUCAAAACCACCUACUUUCAUCACCGACAUUGACUAUGAACCUAACCCACUAUCUACUACACCCACCUCACAGCCACCUACUUUCACUGGUGGUGAACUGGGCUACCAGCCCACCCCAGUAUCGACUACGCCAACCUCAAAGCCACCUAUUUUCGGAGGCGACAAGACGCAUCAGCCUCAUCCUCUAUCCAAGACCCUGACCACAUCGUCCUCAGGAAACAGCCUCCAUGAGGAGACACCCAUUUAUGCUCCUGUGGCCAGGAUGCCAGACCGACCUAGACCUCAUAUCUUUUCACGCUCUUUGCCUCUGAACGCGACAAGGCCAACCCGCCCAAAUGAUAUGGCUAGAGCUAUGGCUACGCCUAGCCAGAACCAACUCUGGGUGGGCGCUUUCAACUCUACCGGUCUCAUUUCCAAGGUUAACAGAAACCCUGAAGAGGAGGCAGACAAGAAGAUGGCACCUCCUGACACACCGUGCAAGAAGCACUCUAACCCUUUCGCUACUUUCCCUCCACCAGCCGGAAGUGCCAUGAAGAAGAGGGGUAACAACCGAAAUUCUUUUGGCGGCAUCCCCUCGACACCGUUCAGCAAUGGCGGCGGUCAAAGUUCUAACCCCUUUGGCAGCAGGCCUGGUAAGGGCAUGUCUAUCUUCCAGCGUGGCAGUGCUUCUAGGAGUGCACGCCGCGGUAGCGUACUGAGUCUCGAUGGCGACGAGAACAAGCUCUUCGAUGAUAACACCCUCGACUUUUCGGCCCCAAUGGAAGGAGAUGCUCCUCCCACUCCAACCAAAAACACUCUCACUCCCAGCCUUAGUAAGGUCAGCGAGCACUCAUUCGAAAGUCCUCACGACAACCACAGCCCAACCGCGAACCGAAUUUUGCACGCCCCUACGCCCCUUUUCGGCAACCCUAUCCCUCGAGAAGCAACUUCGAGCCCUCUUGAUGGACGACGAACACCGCAGACACCUCGCGAGAGCUUGCUCCCGCUCGAUACCAGCCGACUAUCAAUUUCGCAGGCUGGUGACUCCUAUUCUGACAACAUGCCACCACCUGUUACCCCAACAGCAGGACGAGGGGAUCUGAGGUCCUCAACUAGCCUUCUGGUGACCCCUGUGAAUGCCCGCACCAGCAACGUUGACCUCGACGUAAGCCUGUCCUCCCGAUUUGACAAGGUUGAACAGGUUGGAAAGGGCGAGUUCUCGGUUGUCUACCGAGUUACUCAGACUAACCAACAACAAAUGACGUUCGACGAUUUCAUUGCAACUCCCAGCGACCGAUCAAAGAGCCCUGCCAAGGGAAAGGUUUAUGCUGUGAAGAAGAGCAAGCAGCCUUUCCAAGGGCCCAGGGAUCGCGACACUAAGCUUCGAGAGGCUGAGAUCCUCAAGGCGCUGAGCCACUCUGAACAUGUGGUGCAGUACUUCGACAACUGGGAGCACAACUAUCAUUUGUACAUCCAGACUGAGUACUGUGAGGAAGGUACCCUUGACAAGUUCUUGGGCAACGUUGGACGGGGAGGCCGAUUGGACGACUUCCGCAUCUUCAAGAUCCUUCAGGACCUUUGCUUGGGUCUUAAGGACAUCCACGAUGCUGGCUUCAUGCAUCUGGACCUGAAGCCGGCCAACAUUCUCGUCACCUUUGAAGGCGUUCUCAAGAUCGCUGACUUUGGUCUUGCUCAAUCAUGCUCAUCUGCUGAGGGUGUUGAUGUCGAGGGUGACCGCGAGUACAUGGCCCCCGAGAUGCUCAAGGGCAAAUCGUGCCAACCUGCCGAUGUCUUCUCUCUGGGUCUCAUUAUCCUAGAGACUGCGGCCAAUGUUGUCCUACCUGAUAACGGACCCACCUGGAUCGCUCUGCGCUCCGGCGAUCUCUCCGAGGUGCCCAGUCUCACCUGGAACCCCUCAAUUGAGGUUCAGCGAGAUGCAACUGGCAAUCCCACCGAAGGGAUGCACAGUGACGAGUUCACUAGCGGCAAGACCCAUGAUCCAAGCAACUUGUUUGGCUCCUGCAAGCGAUCGGAACUGCAGCAGCCUCCCGACUUUAUGGUCAAUGCCAUGCACAGCAGCUCUCUCGACUCGAUUGUGCGUUGGAUGACAGCACAGGAGCCCAGCGAACGACCUUCUGUGCACCAAGUCCUUGCACUGGACGGCAUGCAGUGGAUCGGCCACCAGCGCGCCGCACCAGCAACUGUUUAUGAAGGAAACUGGGGACCAGCUGAGAUGUUCCCCGUCUCCAACAUCUCCAUUGCAGAGGGCGGCGGCGACAGUGACACUGAGAUGACUGAUGUUUAA